AUGAAGUCAAAACUUCCCACUGGUGCACAGAUGCCAGGCGAUUCGCUCUCGACCUUAAACGUCGCUCAUUUAGAGGAAGACCUUACCAUCGAGAAUUUUGGUCGCAGUGGCAAUUUAGAAAUUAGCUCUACCACUCCAUCCUCCGGGGUCAUAUCCAUGGAUAUCUGA